AUGAAAGCUGCUCUCUUCUUCCUUGUCUUGUGCCUCGCUUACACUGCCAGCGCCAUCUCUGUGUGGUGCAAUUACAAGAAGGGCAACAGUGACGACUGCAUCCUUCCCGGUGUCGGUCCCACCUAUGACUGUGGCAAGUCGGCGGGUCUCUCUGGUUACCAAUCUGGUACCAACCAAAAGUACUGGGCGCCUGCCGCGGUUAAACAGUAUGAUAUACAGUACCGGGCCGUUGACGGAAAUUUAGGACCGUUUUAA